CCUCCUCCUCCUGUUCGGAGCCGGUGCGAUCGCCUUCACGUGGCUCACCCUCAGCCUCCCCACUCCAUUCUUCGAUGCUAUUCUGCCGAGCAACUUUGGAGUGUUGAUGGCCGCUUUGGCCAUUUCUGGCUUCUUCCAGGGCGGAUCGGACCCGCGAUCUACGAGCUGUCGGCCGAGCUCCUGUACCCCGUGCCCGAGGCCACGUCGGGCGGCCUGAUGGUGCUGCUGAUCAACAUCGCCACCCUCAUCUUCCUCUUCGUGUCGCCGUUGAUCACCACGACGUGGAUCAACACCAUCCAAAUGCUCACCAUGGUCGGCUGCUUCAUCAUGGUGGUGUUCGUGAACGAGCGAUACAAGCGAUGGGAGGCCGAAAUGGCGAUCUAUCACGAGAAGCCACAGCUCUCCCACCCUCCGCCUCCCCUCGGCCUCAACGUCCAGGAAUGA